AUGAGAAUGGAUGAGUGGAAUGUAGUAGAACCCCUAGAUGAGAGAACUGUUGAUGUGUAUGUGGUGACAAAACCCAUUUCUGAUUUGAAUAUUGUAAAUUAUGUAGAUAACAGUGAUCAGAAUAGUGAAUGGAUUCUGGAUUCAGGGUGUACUUUCUAUAUGACCUCUAAAAGACCUUGGUUAGAAAACUUUAAUGAUCUUGAUGGUGGAGAAGUGGUUAUGGGUUACAAUGUAGCUUGUAUGAUUAGAGAAAUUGGUAAUGUGACUUUGAAAUUUGAAAAUGGAUAUACCUUUACUCUAAAAAGAGUAGGAUAUGUUCUUGAUUUGAAUAGAAACUUGAUUUCUAUGGGUGAUCUAGAUGGCAUAGGCCUGCAAGGCAAGAUUGAAGACGGUUCUUUGAAAGUAAUUAAGGGUUCCUUAAUUAUUUUCAAAGGUACCAAGAGGAAUGGUAUUUAUGUCACUAGAGCCAGUAUAGUUCAGAGUCACACUGUUUAG